GGAAGGGGCGAGAGACGGUGGCCGAGAGGCACACAUCAAAAUGGCCGCAUUUUAGUCUACAGACGAUUUUUCUUUACUGUUUGCCAAUAGCCGUGUAAAGGGCCUGGCAGUGUUCCCCAAAGUGGCAGAUCUGUUUCGCUGGAAAUUUCACUGUUGAAUAACUUGAAAAUUUUCGUGAAAUAGAGCAAACUUCGGUUCUGCAUAACUUUUUAUACAAUGAUACGUCAUCAACAUCAUACAAUGCAAAACCAACUACGAGAUCAUAAUAGAAUGGGAGGUCCGAUGCGACCUAUGCAACAGGCUAACAUGGCCCCUUUACACCAGCCUCAGCAUCCGUUACCGCAUCGGAAUCCACAUCAACAAAUACUGUCCAUGCCCCCCCAUCAACAACAUAUUCAUCACAUACAACAUCCUGGUCCACCACAUGGAAAUCCACGGCAACCAAUGUUGAUGGGCAUGAAUGCACACAAUACAAGCGGCACCAUGGUUAGCGUCAGUUUAAAAGACCAAGCGAACACUGUCUCUGUGACUCUACAAAAUCCAAAUGUGCAACCACCGCAAUAUCCGCAGCAAAAUACACAACAGAAUCCUCCUUCGCAACAACACGUGCCACAACCACAACCCAUAGAACAAAAUAAACAGACCACAAAUGAAACCAAUAAUGGAGAGUCCAGAGAGCAGAGUCCACCUACCCAAAAUCACGUUAACGUGACUGAUCCAGCUUUGGCAAACAUGAAAGAAAAAACACCAAUGUGCUUAUUGAAUGAGUUAGCACGUUUUAAUAAGAUUCAGCACCAAUAUAGGUUGACUAACGAACAAGGACCAGCGCACAAGAAACGAUUCACGGUAACCCUGAAACUCGGCCAAGAGGAAUACAUUGCCGAAGGUCCUAGUAUAAAGAAAGCUCAGCAUAGUGCUGCUACAGAAGCGUUAAACAAGACCUGGUAUCAACGGCCUCCACCAAAACCUACAAAGGCGAUGAGAGUAGCACAUCCAGAAAAAUGGUUCAGUGGUUCUGGGAAUUUGCCACCAACCGUCGAGUUAAAUGCUUUGGCUAUGAAAAGAGGAGAACCCACUGUUUAUACCAUUAGACAGGCUCCCCCAGCAGGGUUACAGCAAUAUGUUACGCACGGUCUAGGACACUUUCCCCGCAUAUUUAAUCCACGUUUUCCUACGUAUAAUCGUAGUUUCCAUGCAGAACCUCAAUUGUAUUUUAUAUCUUUAAAAGUAGGAGAACGCGAAUUCAUUGGUAGGGGUCUGACAGGUCAAGCAGCACGUCAUGACGCAGCAAGUAAAGCUUUAGAACAGUUGCGUCAAUUACCAUUACCAGAAGUAGCGAAUACUUGUAGCACGGGCGAGAACGGUACUAUAGGCGAUGCCAAAGACCCCAUCGCCGAAUUGAAAAGUCCUGUAUCGUUGGUUCACGAGAGGGCAUUGAAACGUGGUUUACCUGUUAGUUUCGAAGUUGUAUCUGAAAUCGGUAAGCCUCAUAUUCGGACAUUUAAAACACAAUGUACUAUCGGAGACAAAGUUACGUUUGGAGAAGGACCCUCAAAGAAGGUAUCGAAAAGACAUGCAGCCGAGUUUAUGCUGGAAGAACUGAAUCGUUUGCCUCCGUUGCCCGAAACUAUACAAAAUCGUCCGAUGCGAGUAAAGCGCAAAUCGACAACGACAAAGAAAAAAUCACGAAAUUUAAUAAAAGUUUAUCAAGAGCCACGAUCCGAGUCUGAAGCUGCGGAGAAAGUAAAUCCAAUCUCACGAUUGGUUCAAAUUCAGCAAGCUAAACGAGAAAAAGAGCCCGUCUAUAAUUUAAUUGAAGAGAAAGGCGGCCCAAGACGAAGAGAAUUCGUCAUGGAAGUUACUAUGGGUCAGCAUUCCGCUCAAGGAAUGGGUCCUAAUAAAAAGCUAGCUAAACGAGCCGCGGCGGAAGCUCUUUUGACUCAAUUAGGAUACAGUAAACCACAGCCAACAAAACCAUCGAUAAAAACAGGAGAAAAUGAGAACACUGAAUCAAAGCCUAGGAAAGUUACCUUUUUGGAAGAUGAACAGAUCAAUGAAACCCCAUCUCAUCCAGUUGGAGGAACGAUUGGACGUCAGUUAGUACCUGGACUUUUGUUGGUGGACGGAGGUCAAGAAUCGAAAUUGGGUAGCGGACCUAGUGUACAAAUUGUUGCCGAAGAACUGCGAGGACAACAACAACAAAACCCAGCUACAGUUUCUCCUAAAGAUCAAUUAAUGUAUCUGUCUCAAUUAUUGGAGUUCAGUGUGGAAUUCAACGAUUUUCCUAAGGGUGCAGUAAAUAAAGAAUAUCUAUCACUGGUGACGUUGAGUACAGACCCACCGCAAGUUUGUCAUGGCAAUGGGCCGACAAGGAACGCGAGCCGUAAUCAAGCGGCAUUGAAAGCUUUACGCACUUUAAGCAAGCUGGGUCUUGACAAUGCAUCCAAUCCGCAAACAAAAAAAGAUAAAGGUGCGUCCGGGGAUGGAAUUCAUAUUAGCAUUCAAGUUAAAAACAAUAUAAUGGAUGGAACUAUCGAUAAGUAAUCAUAUAGUGUCUAAGGCUUAUCUAACGUAUCUUUAAUUUACAUUGCCGUUUUAAGGCAUUGCAAAGGAAAGCUAACUUAUUCAUAGAAAUUUUCACAAAUCAUGGAUAAGAAAAAGGCACGUUUUAAAAUGAUCUUAAAAAAGCGCGUGAUUUUAUUAUAGGUUUAAUAUUAAUAUAGACAAUUAAUAUUAGACCUUGAUACUUUGAAUUGUAUCGUGGAAUUCUCAAGAUUAAUAAUUUGAUUUACGCGUAUACAUACAAACAUACUUGAGUGGUCGAUUACAUUUAUUAUUAUUAUUAUCAUAAUUAUCAUACAUCAUCUCAAUAUCAUUGUCAUCUUCAUCGUCAUUAUCACCACGAUUGUCAUCAUCAUCAUCAUUAUCACUACCACCGCCAUCAUCAUCAUCGUCAUUAUUAUUAUUACUAUUAUUAUUAUUCUAAUUAUUAAUUAUAAUACUAUCUUGCUAAUUUUAUGUAAUCAGAAUUGCAGAUUUUCGUUUUUAUUAGUGUGCACCGUUGCUUUUAGUCUUCCUAAAUUAUAUUUUUGUAUGUAGCACCAUAAUCAAUACGUUUUGCUUUUUAUUAAUAUAUUUACGUGUAAUUACAGUUGUUGAAUGAACUCUAAUCGACGGGAAAUGAUACUUCUUGGUCAGUCUCUCUGGGCCUUAUUACACGAUAACUUCAAACAUUGAAUCACCGAUGACUCGGUCUUCGCAUAUUACGCCAUUACGUCUUUAACAUAAUGGACCGCGUAUUUGGAAGAUCAAUAGCUUUUACGGAGGAUCAGUCUUUUGCAGUGCCUUAAUCGCGUCAGGAAAAUUGCUCAAGCACCAAUAACCACUCAAGUUAUUAAUGAGAUAAAAAGAGAGAGAGAGAGAGAGCGCAUGCAGAAAUGUAAUUUGUUUUACAAGUGGCCAGAAACGAGCAUUCGCAGCAGCGUCUCCAACAGAUUUUUGCGACCAUCUUGAAGCUUAAAUGGUACUAAAGCGUCGGAUCUACAUUCGAUAUGGGGCGAUUACGUAUCGAAUGACAUCAUUUAUAUUACAGUUUUUUUCUACGCUUGUAGAACUACGGUAUGGUACCUCGACAGAGAAAGAAAGAGAGGAAGAGAAACAUAAGAAUUCUUAUUGGUGCUUGAUCAAGAUUGUGAUCCUAACAGUGUACAUCGACUCUACUAUAUUUAUUAUAACAAUUACGUUGAUAGGACCACAAUCGGUAAACACGAGUCGUCGCAUAGACGUCAUAACCGAAUGAAUAAAAUGAUCAUACUCCAGAGAGUCAUGGUUUAUGAUCAUUAGAACAUUGUAGAAACAUUUAAGCGAGAAGAAUAUUGAAAUCUGAGAUGAAAUGCGGCCAUCUCUUAAUUUCUCUAUUUAAUCCUUAGCUUUCUCAUUCUUCCGCGAAUAGAAUGUCUGUUAUGUCUUAUUACCUGAUAUCAGCGCAUUCGAAUCGGUGAAAUACUGCAUUUGGUUCGUGGAUUUUCGUGUACAUAAGUUCAAAAAGAAAUUUGAAAAAGA